AGCCAACACACCCCUAUCUUCAUUCUUGCAACUCAGUAGUACAAUACCCCGACAGAUACUUGUGCUCUAAAACAAGCUGCUAAAGAAAAUGGGUCUGGAAGGGAAGGUGGAGGAAGAGUUCGAGAUCAACUCGCCAGCGGACAAGUUCUACAAACGUUUGAGCUACGAACUCCACCAUCUUCCUGAUGCCUCACCGGACAAAGUCCAAGGAGCUGAAAUUCAUGAGGGCGACUGGGUCACUCCCGGUUCCGUCAAACUCUGGAACUACACCAUCGAUGGGGUACAGGAGGUAUUCAAGGAGAAGGUGGAAAUAGAUGAGGAAAACAAGACGAUGACGAUGGUGGCUGUGGGCGGGCACAUCCUCGAGCAGUAUAAGGCCUACAAGAUCGUGUACCAGGUUUUCCCCAAGGGUGAGUCGGGGACAGUGAAGAUUUCGUUGAUCUAUGAGAAGUUCAAGGAAACCGAUGGCGAGCCGCACAAUUAUCUGCGGUUUGUCGUCGAUCUCUUCAAAGAUCUCGACAAGCACUUGACCCCGAAACAAGGUUGAGGUCUAUAGAAAGAGCUGAAAGAGGAUGUCGUAAGUCCUUUGUGUUGUACCGAGUGGUGAAAUAAAGAGAAGCUACUGCUUCAGACUUCUGAGAUGUGUGUAUCAGUGAUUAAGUGUGUAAUGCUGUGGGUUUAUUAUUGUGCAGAGUAAAAGCUUGUAAGAAUCACCACCUUUUCAUGUUGUUUAAACAGAAAUCGUGUGCCUUGUCUUGUAAUUAAA